GUGGAUUUCUCCUUAAUGAUUUUGGUUCGACUUAUGCUUAUGUGUUGACUUGUCCAUCAAACUCCCCCCUGGUCGCUCUUUUACUUCCUCAAAAAAAAUGCUUCAUAUGCAGCAACCGACCUGUACGAAUAUCCGGAUACGAUCAACGAACGACGCGCAUAAGAUAUUCUAUGCGGUCCAACGCGGUAUUUUAGGGAUGAUAACAAGACGGUUGGACGCAGACGAGAGACUCGCUUUGACCUCUGGUUGUGUUUAUGCAUGGGAGGAGAGAGGACCACAUACGGAGAUUACGGGAUUGGGUAUAGAACGUUUCACGGAGGGAAGAAGAUGGAGUCCGUCUCGUGUGCGCGACGUGCGUUGCUACUUCUUUCUCGCUUUGUCAUCGCCUUCGACGACCAGCUCACUUACUCACUUCCUCGUUUUUCGUUGUUCGUUGGUCAGGAAUUCUUGUUCUAUUAUGAAAAAUACUCGCCGGACCCAGCGUCAUCCAGCACCACAUCCGAAAAGCAGCAUCCACCACGAGAUUGGGAUCCGUUGGUCAAGCAAACAUAUUCUGUAUGGGUAGACACAGAUAAAGGCAGAAGAAAAUGGCACUUGACUGCUUACUUCACUCAAGCCACAGUAGACCAAUUGGGCACUGUAGAUGACAUCCAAGGUGUCGGGAUACUAAACGUCCCUGAGGGACAUUUCAAGAGCACGAGAGUCAAGAAGGGCGGUAGCAGAGCGGAAGAGCCUAUAUCACCGCCUUCAAAGGAUAGUACACCAGGCAGGGUGUUUGCACCGUUUCUAGAUGCGGCGUCUGGAACAUCACAGAGAAAUUCACAUUCUUCCCAAACGGUCCAAAUGUAUCAGCCGUAUCCCAGUCCCUAUAGCUCGUCGUAUCCUCUACCACCGGAACAAAAGUCGUCGGCGCCGGUGUCUGUGGCACGUUUCUCUCAAAUAACCCCAGUUCCAACAGCGGUUCCUUCAAACUAUUCUUCAGGCGCUGAAUCGCCGGUAGAACCACAGCAAUCGUCAUUGCGUUUGGCGAUACCCACGACAUUGUAUAACCAGUCGCAGCCUUUAGAAACACAUUCGGUUGCACCUUCCAUAUACAACGCGACCCGAUCCCCGAUUCAUACUUCCCCCCACAGUCCACCGUGGUAUCCUGAUUACCAUCAGAAAUCAUCGGAGGUUUUUGAGCACCACGCGCACCACCACCCGUUGAGACACUAUCAUUCGAGUUCCCCAAAGGCGGGAGAAUCUCCUUCGUCCCCCUACACGUUACCUCAACCUCCAUACUUACCUCUGAAUUACCACUCGCCCUCACCUAUACGACCAAUAUCAUCUUCAAACCUGGCCGCAUCUCCUUAUUCCCACACGGGCCCCACUCCCAUCGUUGAUUCGUACGGCCCAUCUUCCUCGCCGGUGGAGACCCCGCAUCCCAUGUACCCAGCUGCCCUCGCUGGUCCUGGGGAGUUGAAUUACUCGUCUCGGCCUUGCACAAGUCACUUUCGGGAGCAUGUGACUUACACAGGGAUGACUAGCGUCUCCCCAGUCUCAUCAGGAUCAGGUCAUUCGGCGUAUUCGAUGGCGGAGGGUGGGGGUGGUUCGCACGUUCAGUCGAUUUACGAGGACAUCGAGCGAGACAGUGAUCUUGGUCCUGAUCGGGGAUUGGCACCGUUGGGAGUUCUGAAGAGACCGCAUCCGUAUCGUAGGCAUCCGGGAGAUGAUAAGACGUUGAAGUUGUUGGCGAGACACACUACGGGCUCGGAUCUGGAGAGCUGACAUGGACGCGCACCUGGCUGUUUAUAAUGUUGCGGGACGAUUUUCUUCUCUUUUCCUUUUUCCUUUUUCCGUUUUUGGAUUUGUAUCUUUGCAUCAUGUUUUCUUGUUGUUUUUUGGAAUUUGGUUACUUUUUGUAUGUACUUUUUUUUCUUUUUCUGCUCUUUCGACGUGUAAUUACACCUUUGUUUGUACUGCUAGCUUCAUGGACUAUGAAUUGGAUUGUCAUAUGGCU